AUGGACAACUCGUCCUCUUCCAGUUCAACUUCCAGCUCCUCCUCCUCCUCCUCCUCUAGCUCUACUACCACUCUCUCCUCGUCCUCCGUCUCCAGCUCCACUACGCCCCCGCCGCCGUCUUCCUCCUCCUCCUCGUCUACGACUCCACCGCCUUCCUCUUCUAGCUCGUCCUCCCAGCCACCACCACCGCCACCGCCCCAGUCUUCCUCCUCCUCGCUGCCUGUCUCGUCCAGCUCCACCCAGCCGCCGCCACCGCCGCCGCCCUCCUCCUCCUCCCGUCCCCCACCUUCUCCCUCCCCCUCACCCGACCCGCCACCACCAACGCCUCAGGUUAUCAUUUCUACUUUUUCUACCCGCGUCGUUAUUACCACAACUGAUAGCCGAGGCUUCGUCUCUACUACUGCUCCCUUGGUCAUCACAGAGACUUCUACUUCCACUCUCCAGGAUGGCUCCCUCGUCACUGUCACUCAGACCUACUCAAAUCCAACCCUCAGUCCAGACAACAACAACUCCAAGGGAAACUCCUUCUUCUCAAAUACAGGCGCCGUCGCUGCUGUCUUUGUCCUCGUAGGCCUUGCCGCCGCCGCCAUCAUCCUUUACCUCCUCUUCGCUCUCCGCCGCCGCCGCCGCACCCUGCGUCUCGAACACGACACUGCCGUCUCAGCCACCCUCGCAGCCGCAGGCUUCCACCGCACCCCCCUCGACGACGACGAUGACCCCGCAGCAGGUGCCCGCCACUCUCGCCUAUACAGCGGCGUUGGCAGCUCCAUAGACGACCCCUUCCAGGCCCGUGCCAUCCUCCAGCGCCGCUCCAGCUCCGGUCUCGCCAUGAGUUCCGUCCCUUCUGCCUCCGCAGGUCGCACCUCCGCAUACCUCGACGACAACGGCGAUUUCAACCCUUAUGCCAGUGGUGACUAUAUUCUCCCAGCUGCCGCACGCGACGGCGCGAAUUACCUCAAUAAUGGUACUCAAGCACCACCGAAUGCCGCACUCGUGGGUGGAAUGAGGCGCGAUCGGAGUAACAGCUCAGGGCUCGCGGAGAUGAGCGCACAUACCCAUAAUUACAGUAAUAGCGGGAGCUUUGAGCCGCUCCUCGCGUCGUACUACCGCCGGUCAAUGGGCACCGGGAACCCCCCGUCGCCUGUCCUGCCCCUCGUACCCCUCGGUGCGAGCGCAGGCCCAGACCCAGCCCCAGAUGUCGGACAGGAACCAAACACCGUCCGCUUCCCACCGGCAUACUCGUCAUCGCACGGGCACGAGCAGCCGUCUGUUGAGCCGCUGGUACAGAUCUCCGGUGAUGACAAUGGCAAUGAUAACGCGGACAAGGACGCCGCGUCGUCGGUGUACUCGAGCAAUAGCUUGUUGGUGGAUGAGAGGCUUGACCCGGGCUUGCGCCUGCGCCAGCGACUGCAGCGCGACACGUCUACGAGGGAUCUGCGCGAUGAGGAGGAUUAUUCGCGGCCUGUGCUUGGUGUCCGGAAUUUGCCUGAUGCGGCUAGCCAGGUGUCUGCAUAG